ACAUCAUCGUUUGUUCGCGUACUUAUUCAUUCACUCAUAACAGCUGUACCCGCUGCGAAUAAUUAUUUUUUUCCCCUCGCUAUGAACGUCCGAUCCGGACGUACCAAUUUAACUUUUUUUGCCGUGCCGCUUACGAUCAUUUUCCACAUUUUACCGUUUUAAAACGCCUUGAUCUAACCAACCAUUAUCCUGUAUUCCCGAGGGUCUCGCGCACCCGAUGGCGCACGGCUCCUGAAUUUUUAAGGUUCGCGGUAAUCCCGAAGACAAUGCUUUCCACGCUGUCUCCGCUCGCUCUUUUUUUUCUCCCCUUGUUAUCUAUACCUGCACUUAUCUUACCUGACUAUUUCGAUUGGUAAUUCCUCCGUCGCGAUGGGAAUAUCCUGUCGGUACUUCUUAUUGGUUCACGUCGACCUUGGGGUGGGGGAUCCGCAGUGUGCAGCGAUUCUUUCAUGUUCAUCCACGUUCAUCCCCCAUGUUCAUCCAUGUUCAACAUCGUUGCUCGAUAAUACACGGGUUGGAUUUUCGAUGAAAUAUCAAAGUUUCACGGCGGUAUCGAUGUAAGAAGAGGAGUUUUGGUCAGAAAUACUAUUCGAAAGCAGAGCUCCGAAAAUGGAUCCGAAGAUCCCAAAAAUGAAUUCGAUGAUCCCCGAUGGCACCGUCAGUCGUUCGAUCGAGAUCGGCCUUCGCGUGAUCGGCGUGUGGCCCGACUCGUCUUACUCGGUCCUUCGUCGCGCCUUUUGGAUGAUCACCCUGACGAUGGCGCAGACCUUUCAAUACCGGUACUUUGUCAUACACGUUCGUACCGACGACCUAUCGCAUCUGAUGGAUGGCCUCAGCACUACGAUGUCCUAUAGCCUCUUGCUACUGAAACUUACGAUAUUUUGGAUCAAUCGACGUCUGCUGAACGAAAUCAUAGCAAGCAUGUCCAAGGAUUGGAAGGAAUGUGACAUUUCGAAUGAAUACACGAUGACCAGAAUAGCUUAUGUUUCUCGUUGGGUCUCCAACGUUAUAAUCUUUUCGCACAUGAUGUCGGUAUUCCUCUACGCGACAGGCACGUUACUGAAGAUCAAAAGCAAAAAUCAAACCAACACUCGAGAACUCAUCAUCAAAAUGGAAAUACCCUUUGAAAUCGAGACUACACCACAACACGUAAUUAUUCUUGUUACACAAUUUAUUCAUCAAACGACUGCGGCUGGUAUGGUGGGCGUAUUGGAUUCUUUGUUAAUAAUAUUGGUUCUUCACAUAUGUGGGCAGAUCGAUUUAAUGCGGCAAAAAUUGAGUGAGGUUACUCGGAAAAACAUCGAGCGAAAGAACGUCGAUCAAGAUGUGAACGAGAGCAUUGUGAAGGCGCUGAUCAUUCGACAUCAGCAAAUUAUUACCUUCUCCAAGAACAUUGAGAAUCUCUACUCGAAUAUCGCGCUGAUACAAUUUUUUUCAAACACCCUGGUUAUCUGUUGUCUAGGAUUUCUUAUCGUGAUCUCUAUCGGUGUCCCGGGCGGAUCGAUGAUGUUAAUAAAAUCUGUGUUUUUUUACAUCGUUAUGAGCUUGGAGGCAUUUAUAUAUUGUUUCGUUGGAGAACAUCUCAGCACGAAAAGCGAAAUGAUCGGCGACUCGGCAUAUGAAUCUCUUUGGUAUGAAUCGAGCCCGAGUCAAAACCGAGAUAUUCACAUCAUGAUCAUAAGAUCUCAAAAGCACUUAACGCUUACGAUAGGAAAAGUUGCGGAACUCUCUUUGAGACAAUUUGCCAACAUCAUAAAAGCUUCGGCAUCAUACGUGUCAGUGUUGCACGCGAUGUAUUAAGGUCUGUAUUUUGCACGCUGCUUAUAUCUUAGCGUGCAAGAGAACAUUAUAAUUUUACACGAGUGACAAUUUUCCUAUUUAGAGACUCGAUAAAAUUUUGCAUGGAGUGACGCGAGGAACAAGAAAUUAUUUACUCAUCGAUUCGACAUAAUCUUGUGGUUUGCAUAAGCACAAAGCUAUAAAUACCAGUUAUAAAUACAACGUUGAUUUUCUCAAUUGAUGUA